GUUGGUCCUGCAACGAAAGAAAUACGAGCAGAGAUCUCCAGCUAGUGCUUAGUGCUGGUGGUGUGUAAUAAAGUGCAGGUGCCAGGUUAAAUUGGUAGUGGUACUGUAGGUGUAGGCGGUGGCAGAACAGCAGCACCAGCGGCGCCAGUAGCAGUAACCAAGCCAUGGCGGACGAGGACGUGCUCUUCGACGACGUCUACGAGCUCUGCGAGAUCAUUGGCAGGGGUCCAUUCAGCGUGGUACGGAAAUGCAUUCACCGGCAGACCGGCCAGACGUUCGCCGUAAAAAUCGUCGACGUGGCCAAGUUCACCUCGAGCCCGGGCCUCAGCACAGCGGAUUUGAAGCGCGAAGCUACGAUAUGCCACAUGCUAAAGCACCCCCACAUAGUGGAAUUGCUCGAGACGUACAGCUCCGAGGGUAUGCUGUACAUGGUGUUCGAGUAUAUGGGCGGAUCGGAUUUGUGUUUCGAGGUUGUGAGACGCGCCACGGCUGGCUUCGUUUACAGCGAAGCUGUAGCUAGCCACUACAUGCGGCAAAUUCUGGAGGCGUUGCGCUACUGUCACGAGAACGACAUAAUCCAUCGGGACCUGAAGCCGCAGUGCGCCCUCCUCGCGGGCGAGGAGAACUCGGCACCGGUCAAGCUGCGCGGCUUCGGCGUGGCCGUCCAGCUGCCCUCCUCACAAGCAAACGGCGUCGAAACGUACACGACUGAAUAUCGGCCGUAUCUGAGCCCAAAGGGGCGGGUCUACUUGAAGGUCGACGAUGAGGGUCGUAUCGGAUGUCCGCACUUUAUGGCACCGGAAGUAAUACGGCAUAGGCAGUACGGCAAACCGGGAGAUGUCUGGUCGGCAGGUGUCCUGCUCCACGUUCUUCUCACCGGUACGCUUCCGUUCGUCGGUUCGCGGGAGCGUCUAAGGGACGCGAUUUGCCGCGGCAGAGUCCAGAUGGAUUCGCCGGUGUGGGACACGAUAAGCGAGUCGGCGAAAGAUCUAAUCCAGCGAAUGCUUAAUCUGGACACGGGCCGCAGGAUCACCAUCGCGGAGGUGCUCAACCACAAAUGGCUCCGAGACCGGGACAAGGGAGUGGCGCGCAUACACUUGGGCGAGACAAUCGAGGAGCUGAAGAAAUUCAACGCCCGACGAAAAUUGAAGGCGGCGGUCAAGGCCGCGGUAUCCUCCCCAAAGUGGCACACCCCGUAUUCCGAGGCGAACGGCGACACUUACUACGAGGCUUGCGACGACGAAGUCAUGACCACAGGAGUUGUCGCUGAGAUUUUGGACUCGUUGGACGACAUCGAGGUGCUCUACGAAAGCGACAGGCUAAGCAGAUCGGAGAUUCUAGCAGUCGUCGACGACAAGCGGCUACGGGCGUUACUUGAGAUCUACGACAGAAUAGCGACGAGCGUACCGUCGCCUUGUCGGCCACCCCAAACUGACGCGGUUCAGCGAGCCCACGAGGUCGAGGAGCUUCUACGGGAAGCGGAGAGGUCCUCGUCGCGAAACCUCGAGCGCAGCGAUCUCCGGGAACUACGUGAACUCAUCGGCCAGCCCCACUUCAAGGCCCUGCUGCAGGCGCAAGACGUGACGGGCCAGGAGGUUUACGGCGAGGACGCGAAACGGGCCACUCCGCCGCCCAUAUUUCCCUACCUCAACGGGGCCGACGACCUUGAGGGCCAGAACGGCGAACUCGAGCUCGAGAACGUCACCAGAGUCAGGCUCGUCCAGUUUCAGAAGAACACCGACGAACCCAUGGGGAUAACGCUGAAAAUGAACGAAGACGGGAAAUGUAUUGUUGCGAGAAUAAUGCACGGUGGAAUGAUACACAGACAGGCGACAUUGCACGUCGGUGACGAGAUCAGGGAGAUCAAUGGUAUCGCGGUAGCUAAUCAGUCGGUCAACGCCUUACAGAAGAUUCUGCGAGAAGCUCGUGGAUCCGUAACAUUCAAGAUAGUACCAUCAUAUAGGAGCGCGCCGCCUCCCUGCGAGUUGUUCAGGAUAAAACCUCUGCCAGUGUUAAUAUUCGUGCGGGCGCAGUUCGACUACGACCCGCUCGAGGACGAUCUGAUACCGUGCGCCCAGGCCGGAAUAUCGUUUAAGAUCGGCGACAUCCUGCAGAUAAUCAGCAAGGACGAUCAUCAUUGGUGGCAGGCGCGCAGGGACCAAGCGGGUGGCUCCGCGGGCCUCAUACCCUCGCCCGAGCUCCAGGAGUGGCGGAUCACCUGCAUGGCCAUGGAGAAGAACAAACAGGAGCAAGUCAAUUGUUCAAUUUUUGGUCGUAAGAAGAAGCAAUACAAAGACAAAUAUCUCGCAAAGCAUAACGCGGUAUUUGACCAACUGGAUUUGGUCACGUACGAGGAAGUCGUCAAGCUUCCAUCUAAACGUGUGUUUGGACGCUUUGCAGAUUCCGCCUUUCAACGGAAAACUUUGGUGUUACUUGGGGCACACGGUGUCGGUCGACGGCACAUCAAAAACACAAUAAUCGCCAAACAUCCCGACAAAUACGCGUAUCCCAUUCCACAUACAACGAGACCACCCCGCAGUGACGAGGAAAAUGGACGGAAUUACUACUUUGUGACUCACGAGGAAAUGGUGGCGGACAUUGCUGCCAACGAGUAUCUCGAAUACGGAACGCACGAGGACGCCAUGUACGGGACGAAGAUCGACACGAUCCGCAAGAUCUUGGAGGAGGGUAGGCUGGCGAUCCUCGACAUCGAGCCACACUCGCUGAAGGUACUCCGCACAGCAGAGUUCGCACCCUACGUCGUUUUUAUAUCAGCUCCGGCUCUCGCGACGCUCGCCGACUACGACGGCAGCCUGGAGCGAUUGUCGAAGGAGUCGGAGGUCCUGAGGCAGGCGUACGGUCACUUUUUCGACCUGACGAUCGUCAACAACGACAUCGACGAGACGAUCGCUCAGCUCGAGGACGCGAUCGAGCGGCUACACACGCAGCCUCAGUGGGUGCCCGUCUCGUGGGUCUACUGACAGCGAACGUCCCCGACUCACGCUCUUGUCUACUCGUCCGAGUACAACAACGGGACUUCCAGGGGAAAGUAAUUACCGAUCACUCGAUCCAAAUCGGUUUGAUUUCGAGUCUUGGAUGGACGUAAACGACCAUAGCGAAUCGCGCGGCUCUGCCUCUGUUGAGAGUCAUUCGCACCAUGGGAGGAUAUUACAUACACAUCCAUAUAUAAAUAAAUAAAUAAAUAAAUAAAUAAGUACAUA